AUGGAAGCAGCUUUUGGUGCGGCUUUGUCCGGGGCGCCUUCUGUACUGCCCAUCAUCGCCGCAGCAGCGCGGCGGCGCAGCACCAGCGAGGCGUUAAGAUGGCUUCGCCGAACUGGAGCGGCGUGGGAGCUGGAGAGCUGGACCUACGCCGAGGUCUGGCGCAGGAGCAUCGACACUGCAGGCGCCCUGCGCGGCUACGGCGCCGAUGGGCGCGCGGUGGGCGUGGCCAUCGACGAGGGCCCGGCGCUGCCGCUUCUCGAGUUGGCCAUUCUCCUGGCCGGCGGCCACAUCGUUCCCAUGGACGUCUGCGAUCCCUGCGGCCGCUUGGCGGUCCUCCUGCGAGACAGCACCCCAGUCCUGGCCGUGGCCAAGGACGAUCCUGGCCUUGAAGCGCUGGAGAGGGCGGCAGCCGAAGCCUUUGCUGAGAACCCCGGGGCCGCUCCUCGCCUCCUCCUGGCCACUGCCAUGGGCCUCGGCGAGAGGGGGGCCGAUGAGGGGCUCCCGUACGAGGAUGUCUUUGAGACGCCGCCCGCCGCGGCGGUGUCCCACAUCUUUUUUACCUCAGGGUCGACGGGCAGGCCCAAGGGGUGCGUUACGACUCACGGGGCCCUGGCGAGCUAUUGCGCCGCCAAGAACGCCACGUACUCCGUGACAGAGGAGUCCGUGA